UUAUCCUCAUUAUAUUGUUGGAUGCUGGCUCUACUGUUCGGAUGCUGCGGAGAAGUUGCGCUUCUCACUCUUCUCUCGACUCUUUGUUUUUCUAAAUUUUAGAAAUGAGCAACAACAACAAUAAUAACUUGAGACAAAGAACUAGACCUGUAUUAUCUGCUGAUGUUUCUUCUGAAAAUUCUGAAUUUCCUGAGGAAGAUUAUGGCAGAAAGAGAUAUCUUCCACUCUAUAAACACCAGAUUUGGUUUAUAAUAUUUGCAACUUAUUUUAUAAUAUUUCUUUUUGUUCUCUACUGUGAUCUCAUAAGAUUUCCUACACCGGUAUCUGUUGACUCCCUAAAAAAGUCACCGGGAGCAAAAGGUCUGAGAUUCAGCGAAGAAAGAGCCAGGAAUUUCGUUGUUGAAUUAAGUAGCAUUGGACCAAAACCAACUGGAAGUUAUGAAAAUGAAGUGAUUGCUGUGGCUUAUAUCACCAAACAAUUAGAAUAUAUAAAGAGUCAUACAAAGCCUGUAAAUAAAAUUGAUAUUGAUCUUCAGAAGACCAGUGGUUGUUUUGAUUUAACUUUUAAGGAUGGCAUGACAUCUUGCUAUAAAAAUGUCAAAAACAUCAUAGCCAGAAUAGGUCCCCAACAAUCUACUAACAGAAGCAUUAUAAUUAAUUGCCACUUUGACUCUGUACCUACAAGUCCAGGUGCAAGUGAUGAUCUCGUUAGCUGUGCUGUGAUGCUUGAAAUCCUUAUUACGUUAUCUCAAUAUGAUCAGGCUCUUCCACAUGAAGUGAUAUUCCUUUUUAAUGGAGCUGAAGAAAAUAUUCUGCAGGCUGCUCAUGGUUUCAUUACACAACAUCCUUGGGCUAAAACAGCUGUUGGAUUCGUUAAUAUGGAAGCAUGUGGAGCUGGUGGAAAACAAAUGCUCUUUCAAGCAGAUCGAGAAAGAACUUGGCUUCUUUUAGCAUAUGCCAAUGGUACACCAUUUCCUCAAGGUUCUGUUGUGGCUCAAGAUAUUUUUCAGAAUGGGCUUGUUCCAUCAGAUACUGAUUAUAGAAUAUUUGAUCAUUUUGGUGAUAUUCCUGGAUUGGAUUUUGCUUAUGUAAAGAAUGGAUAUGUAUAUCAUACAAAAUAUGAUGUUCCUGAAGCGAUAACGGAAGGUGCCAUACAACAAGCUGGUUUGAAUCUCCUCAAUCUCAUAAAUAAUGCCAUGAUAUCUUCUGACAUGAAGAAUGUGGAAAAACAGAAGAAACUACAUCUAGUAUUUUUUGAUUUCAUGGGCAUCUUUAUGGUUGUCUAUCGUAUAAGUGUGGCAACUGCAAUUAAUGCCCUUGUUGUAGUAAUCUCUUUUGUGGAUAUGUUUCUGAAAUGCAAGAAGUCAGGUAUGUCUUUCACAAGGAGAAUGUAUUCAAUUGCCAAAGCAUUUGGGGUUAUGUUACUUAGCUUAGUAGGAUCAUAUGGAUUUGGCGCAUCAAUUGCUAUGAAACUUGAUGUCUUUGAUGUAACUAUGUCAUGGUAUCGCUCACCUUUUCUUAUUGCUGGCUUAUAUGGGUGUUCCACAUUGGCUGGAAUGAUUUUCAUCCACUGUUUAACAACUAAGAGAGAAGAGAGUUUACGUGAAAAAUGGAUCAAAGAGGAUAUCUAUUUUGAUGCUGCUCGCCUUGUUUGGAUUAUCUGUCUUAUUAUCCUUGAGAUGGCAGAAAUCAACUCGUCAUUCAUUUUCUGCGCUUGGGUUUUAUUUCCUACUCUUAUUCGUGGUGUUAUUGGACAUAUGUUUAAUCUUGUUGGCCCAAAAGGCACGCAUGCAUCUCACCUAGCUGUACACAUUGCCAUGCAUAUUAUUCCUUUGUCUUUGUUGCUGUACUGUGUUUGGUCCAUGUAUACCGUCUUCAUUCCAAUAAUGGGCCGGAUUGGAGCAAUGAUUAAUCCAGAUAUCUUGGUUUGUUUAUUUACAACACUCCUGGUUUUCCUCUGCACUUCUUAUAUGUUUUCCCUGAUUCAGGUGAUGUCACCUCCAAAGGAAGUGAUAAUGAUUUUGCUGUGUAUUGUGGCUACAACUGUAACUCUAGUUUGUCUGACACCUAUCGGUUUUCCCUAUUCUGGUGACAAGGAAUCUCCUGCUCCUAUGCGGUUAUACAUAUUACAUACUGAACGCACAUUUUACGACAGAACUGGGAAUGUGAAAUCUAAAGAUUCUGGUUACUGGAUUGUACCUCUAGAUUACAACGGACCAAAGCUACUUGGAACAUUUUUUGAACAAAUGCAUGGGCUUAAACCUGUUAACUGUGAUGCUGAAUUAGCAUGUGGAAUGCCUUUCUACAUGCCUGUGAUUUCUUUACUCAGGACCAGUUAUUACUUGCGAGCUCCAAAGCCAAAAAUUCAUGGAAGUCAUAAAUUUGAACUGGUUUCAAAAGUACCUCUUAACAGAUUUACUUACAGAUUGUCAUUUCUUGCUCUUGGUCCAGAUCAUAUGACUGCUAUAUUAUCACCUCGUAGAGGUGUUUAUCUAAUUAACUGGUCUUUGACUGAUAAGCAGCCACUUAGAAGUUUAGAUUGGGUUGGCAGACCAACUUACUUCCUAUAUUAUUCAUAUGCAGAGUAUACUGAACCCUGGACAUUUUCCAUAGAUUUAGUUAUAUCCAAAGAACAUGUGCAAGGCUCUCCUCUUAUUGAUAUAAGCUUUAUCACCCAUUAUCUUCAUGGCCAUGACUUAAUCACUGGAGAUUUUCCAUCUUUAUUGAAACAGGUACCCGAUUGGGUGCAUGCAACACCAUGGACAUGCACAUUAGACAUGCUCGAAUUUUAACGGUUAUCUCUUUGUACUUAAAUUGCUUGUAGAUUCGAUUUUUAUCCUAAAUUAUUUAAAUUAUUAAAAAUGUUCAGCUCAUGAUGAAAAUGAAGUGGCAUUAUUUUUUACUAUUUUAUGUAAAUUUUUGUUUAGAAAAAUAUUAUAUACAUGUUAUUUUUAUUAAAUCCUCUAAUUGUUUAUUGUACCUAAUUUUCAAGGGAAAAAUAUUUUAAUACUCUUCUUAUUUAUGUAAUUAACUAUUACACUGUUCACUGUUUAAAAAAUAAUAUACAUAUUUUUCAACUAAUGGAACAAUCUUAUUUUUUAUUUAUUUGAAGACUGUUGAAAUUAGAGAAUAUAUAGAAUUUCUUUGUCAGAGCUUUCAGGUUUCAUCUACAGAGAAAUGAGUAUAUCAUUCUGAUUGUGACUGAAUAAAUGUGUGCAUUGUUUUAAAUAUAUACUUAAAUCUAUUAUUAAGACCCUUAAAAUAUUAAAUACUGUUGAAAUUCACUGUAUACAACAAGAGAAUGAAUAUAAACAAAUGUUUUCACUUCCAUUAUAAAACCAUUUCUAACUCUUGUUAAAUAUAUCCUUUCACUGACACUGUGAUUUAAUAUAUCUUACUUUCUUAGAGUUCUAUGUAAAAAUAUUGCCUAUCUCCUUCAGAUUUGAAAUUUUUUACACUUAUAAACAAAAUCAAUGUUUUGAAUAAUAUGUCACUGCCCUUAUUGGUUUAUUUCAAAGAAAAUUUGUUACAACUGUUAGAUACUGAUUAAGACAUUAUUUUGGUGAUAAUGGCAGCUGUUAUCUAUGCUUUACUAUUGAAGUAAAUGCAUUCUAAUUUCAGGAUUGUUUCAGGUCUCAAUUAGGAACCAAUUGUUAUGAUUUUUAAAAGUAUUUUAUUUAUUAAAUACUGUUCUGAUAGUGUGCUGCGUUAUUGUAUAGGUAUAGAAAUACCAUGUUAGAAGAUUUGUGUGUAUAAAAUCAAAGUAUUUUUUUUUUUCUGUAAGUACUAAUUUUUAUCUAUCAGGUUUAUUUAUUUUAGUAUUUAAUUUAUAUCGAUGAACUUUCUUUUUUGUUAUUGUUUUCAUUGUGUGUAUCUGAAAUUAUAGAAUGGAAGUAUUGAAGCAAAAUGUGGAAAAUAUUACACAUUUUUGUUAUCGCAGAAUUAAAUGUUGCAUGAUAUAGCAUCAAAAUGUGAUAGAAUUCCAAAAAUAUUUGAAUAAGAAUUUUAAAUUCUGUCUAGUGCAAAUAUUGUAUUAUUUUUGGUUUUAUUUUAAAUACCCAAUUAUGUUUGAAAGUUUAUAACUCUUAUCUUAUCUAAAUUUUAAUGUUAUAAUUUUAACUAGUCAACUUGUUAGAUUUCUGAGGAUUUACAUGAACUUCUGUCUCAUAUCGCUAUGUUUAUUUACGUAGUAUAUUUCUUUUAAAAAAAACAUGAUGAUUAAAAUAUUGUAAAAUAACUAUCUUUUUUUUUCUUCAUAUUUAUAUUUGCUGAAAGAGCAGAUUUGUUUGUGUAAUGCUUUAUUAUUCUUGUCAUUUAAAUUUGUUAUAAUCAUCUGUCAUUGAUGGCAUAUCAUUGUUGUGCUUUGUGAUUAUUCCAUUUUCUUUAAUUUUUAAUUCUUAAAGCAAUGUUUGCCUGUAUAUUGCCUUGAAAGCUCAAAUUUGUAACAGAAUCUCUGCAUUGCGAUGCAAGAAAACUCAAUAUCAUAACUUCAUUCAUGCAUGUAAACUACAAAUGAAUAUCUGUUCCAGUAUAAAUAAAUGUAGUUAGUACAGUAGAGCAUUGAUCUUCUAGCUUAGAAAUACUUAUAUUAUCCACCAGUAUGUUGAUAUUUCAACUUAAAAUAGUCAUCUUUGUAACUUGAAAUUAACAUAGCAGUAUAUUUGUUUUUUUUUUAGGGAUUUUGAGUAUUCAUAUUAAAAAGGAAAUUCUGAUGUGUUACAAAUGUGACUAUCUUUUUUUAAUUAAUGAUUAUUUUGAUUAAUAAUCAUCAAAAAAUAAUCUUAUCUGCUUAUCCUACAAUGGUAAAUUUUUGCUAAGAAUUCUUUUUUCAACUCAUUAUUCUGAAUGGUUCUAGACCACGAGUCAAUUGCUCAUAAAGGAAUAGUACGGCAUCUUCUGUUAGUUGAACUGGCCUUGGAUCUCCUAGCGUAGAAAUCUGACUGAGCUUUAAUAAGUGAUGAGAAGGUUACCUUCUUAGAGAAAUUAAUCCAACAGGUGGUGCCUUCUUAAAAUUAGAAAAUAAAUAAGAAAAGGAAAUAUUAAUUAGUUUUAUGAAAUUAUAAUUAAAUUUUAAAUAAUUUAGACAAUAUUUAAUGAAAGUCUUAAUUUUGAAUAUUUUGACUACCUUUGAUUACAAGUAUUGAAAAGCCUGAACAAAUUUCAUGAUCUAUUUCUUGGCUUUAUUUCUAUGGAAAACAGGACUUGCAUUUAAAGAAGCCCUGAUUUAUCAUGAUUGCCACAGCACUCAUUAACUGUCAUAAAAGUGAAAGGCAGAAAUGUAUGCCAAUCCUAAGAUUAAUCUCAUGCAGAAUGUAGUUUUAGUAUUUUAUCCAUAGUUUAUAAAAAGAAAAGACCAUAUAUUGACAUAUAAUCAUUGGUUUGUUUAAUGAAAUAUAGGAUGAUCUUCAACAGUUCUUUUCAUGUAAGUAAAAUACUAUGAAAGGAAAAUGAGCAGAGUUGCACAUGUGCAAUUUAAGUCUUGUUAUUGUUUGAUAUUAUCAGCUCUAUUAAUAAGGUAUUUUAAAAUUUCAGAUUCUCGAAAUGCUUAUAUAUGUUACUGUAAUAAUUUUGCAUUGUUAAUAAAUUGUUUAUGUUAAUUGUUAA